CCAAGCCGCCACCAAAACUUUAAAAUCUCAUAAUUUCCGCACUGUUUUUUCCAAUACAAUUAAAAAAGUACAAAAUCAGUAUAAUAAAAUCCGCUUCCAAGCCCUCUCUUUCUCACUUCCUCUCUUUCCGACAAGCUUAACUUUCUCUGCAUCUUCCUCUCCUUUCUCUUCAACUUUCAGAGCAGUGGGAUUAAACAAAGUAAAGGAAGAGGAAAAUAUGCAUUCUUUUGGGUACAGAUUAAAUGUUCUUCUAACAUUUGCCGUGACGAUUCUGGCACUAAUGUGUGCCAUGGCGUCUCUAUCGGACAACCUCAACACUCCCUCUCCGUCUGCUGAAAUCCAGAUUAUGAACAUUAAUUGGUUCCAGAAGCAGCCGCAGGGGAAUGAUGAGGUCAGCCUGACAAUGAAUAUAUCAGCUGAUUUGCAGUCAUUGUUUACGUGGAACACGAAGCAGGUUUUCAUAUUUGUAGCAGCUGAGUACGAAACCCCAAAGAAUUCCUUGAAUCAGGUGUCACUUUGGGAUGCUAUAAUACCUGCCAAAGAGCAUGCAAAGUUUUGGAUCCAUACCUCAAACAAGUAUCGUUUUGUUGAUCAGGGAAACAAUCUCCGUGGCAAAGAAUUCAACUUAACAUUGCAUUGGCAUGUCAUGCCUAAGACCGGAAAGAUGUUUGCCAACAAAAUAGUCAUGACCGGUUACAGUUUGCCGGAGGAAUAUAGAUAAGGUUUUCUUGGGUGUGUAUGUAUUGAGGUUGCUGUAACUUUAGCUUUCUCAAUAUGCGGAAACUAUAGCUCCUGAAUCAGGGAACUUGAGAUGUAGCCUCCUCUGACAUUAAAAGCUCAGUUAAAUUACAGUUUGAAACACUGACACUUGAUGGUGGAGACUGUCUCCUCACCUGAUUCAAAAUGCAAACAACCAAUUUCGUUCUAGCUCUUCAACGAUGCUUUUCAUGUAUGUUCUUCUAGGACUAAGUAGGGGUUCAGAUUCCACCGCACUUUCAAUGUGGUAUAAUUGAGUUUACAGCACCAGUUAGUAUAAAUUUCUUUAUAAAUAUUUGUUUUCAAUUGUAAAUACAAUAAAUUCUUUUUAAUCGCAAUUAGAAUAAUUUUUAUUACUGUUUUUAAUUUUGCCAGAGUCAAUGUCACCAUCCUUCCAAAUGAACACCAAAUUCCACACAUUGCAAUGCCAAAUCCAGUCCCUGUUUUACACCAUUCAUUGAGUUUUAUCGACAAAAUUGACGAUAUUGUUGUCUUUGGCCCUUCAAAACGUAAGGAGAGUUUGGUUUUUUUAAGAAUGGAAGGUUGCUAUACAUUGUUAUUCCAUGACAAUGAUGCUAUUGGUAAUCAAGGUGGUGAACUGAAAAGGUAAUAAAUGAUUAAAAAGUGAUCAAAUUUUA